GCAUAUAUAAGGCAGCUCGGCGGGCGGCGGGCGGCAUUCUGGCGCGGAGCUGAGCGGCGGCGGGUGCAGCUAGCGGGUCGGGCGCGGAGAGGGGGGUGCAGCUCGGUUUCCCCCCCGAUACCCCUCCCCCUCAGGCGCGAGCCCCACCCCUCCGCCGGCCAGGCCGACCCGGCUGAACUAUCCCCUGCGGCGCGAGCCCGGGGUGGCUCCGGGCGCCCCCCAGCAGACCCCCCCCCCCCAUCAUGGGCAGCCAGAGCUCCAAGGCUCCCCGGGGCGACGUGACCGCCGAGGAGGCAGCAGGCGCUUCCCCUGCUAAGGCCAACGGACAGGAGAAUGGCCACGUGAAAAGCAAUGGAGACUUAUCCCCCAAGGGUGAAGGGGAAUCGCCCCCCGUGAACGGAACAGAGGAGGCAGCCGGGGCCACUGGCGAUGCCAUCGAGCCAGCACCCCCUAGCCAGGGCGCUGAGGUCAAGGGGGAUGCCCCCGCCAAGGAGACCCCCAAGAAGAAGAAGAAAUUCUCUUUCAAGAAGCCUUUCAAAUUGAGUGGUCUGUCCUUCAAGAGAAAUCGGAAGGAGGGUGGGGGUGAUUCUUCUGCCUCCUCACCUACAGAGGAAGAGCAGGAGCAGGGGGAGAUCGGUGCCUGCAGCGAGGAAGGCACAGCCCAGGAAGGGAAGGCUGUUGCCACCCCCGAGAGCCAGGAGCCCCAGGCCAAGGGGGCAGAGGCUAGUGCUGCCUCCAAGGGAGGAGACACAGAAGAGGCAGGGCCCCAGGCUGCAGAGCCAUCCACUCCCUCGGGGCCGGAGAGUGGCCCUACACCCGCCAGCGAGCAGAAUGAGUAGCUGGGUGGGGGCAGGUGGGUGAUCUCUAAGCUGCAAAAACUGUGCUGUCCUUGUGAGGUCACUGCCUGGACCUGGUGCCCUGGCUGCCUUCCUGUGCCCAGAAAGGAAGGGGCUGUUGCCCCCUCCCCGCCACGUUCCCUCUCCUUUUCCCUCCUGUGGAUUCUCCCAUCGUCCAUUUGGCCUUCCUCUUAAGGCCAGUUGAAGAUGGUCCCUUGCAAUUUCCCAAGUUAGGUUAGUGAUGUGAAAUGCUCCUGCCCCUGGCCCUACCUCUCCUGUCCCCACCCCUGCAGAAGGCAAUUGCUGGUUUUCUUCCCCAAUUCUUUUCCAAGUAGGUUUUGUUUACUCUAUUCCCCAAAUCCCUGAGCCAGAUGUGGGGUGCCUACACUCCCAAACCCUGAGUGUCCAGCCUUCCUCCUCCCCCCCCCCCCCCCACCCCUGUUGAGUUUUUAGUCUCUUGUGCUGUGCCUAGUGGCACCUGGGCUGGGGAGGACACUGCCCCUGUCUAGGUUUUUAUAAAUGUCUUACUCAAGUUCAAACCUCCAGCUUGUGAAUCGACUGUGUCUCUUUUUUGACUUGGUAAGCAAGUAUUAGGCUUUGGGGUGGGGGGGAGGUCUGUAAUGUGAAACAACUUCUUGUUGUCUUUUUUUCCCCCUCCCAUUGUUGUAAAUAACUUUUAAUGGCCAAACCCCAGAUUUGUACUUUUUUUUUUUUUCUAACUGCUAAAACCAUUCUCUUCCACCUGGUUUUACUGUAACAUUUGGAAAAGGAAUAAAUGUCGUCCCUUUA